AUGGUUGAAGAUCAACAUCUCUGUAAUGAAUCAGCAGAGCUGCAUCGGCAAAAUGUGACCUCUUAUGCUUUAAAUGUUUUUGUUGUUAUUUUGUCACUUCUGAUAAUAUGUGGGAAUCUUCUUGUAAUCACCUCUGUCAUUUAUUUCAAACAGCUGCACACUCCAACAAACUUCCUCAUCCUCUCUCUGGCUGUGACUGACCUGCUUGUUGGAGCUUUAGUUUUGCCUUUCAGCACAAUAUUGUCUUUGAACCCAUGCUUGUAUUCAGGCUAUUUGCUUUGUAAAAUGCGAAGUCUGUUUGAUAUAUUGUUAUGUGCAUCAUCCAUUUUGAACUUGUGCUGUAUAUCUAUUGACAGAUAUUAUGCAGUGUGUCAUCCUCUAACAUACAGAAGUAAAAUUAAUGUCCGUGUCUCUCUGACUAUGAUCCUUGUGAGCUGGACUCUUUCAGCUCUACUUGCUAUAAGCAUUACAGGACGUGGAUUAAGUAAAAAAAAUCCUAACCAGAAGUGUGCUAUAUUUGUAGCUACAAAGGAAACCAGUCCAGGGCCAUUUAUUGAAUUUUACAUUCCUGCAAUUAUAAUUUUAACAAUAUAUCUUAGGAUUUUGAUGGUGGCAAAGAAGCAGGCAAGAAGCAUUCGGACCACUGUAAAGUCUGAAGCAGCUCUCAGCAAGAUGGAGAGAAAAGCUAACAUAACUCUGACAAUAGUGCUGGGAGUAUUCCUCAUGUGUUGGACUCCUUUCUUUUUGUCACUGGGUUUAUACAGCAUGGGAAAAGUCACAAUACCAGACGUGGCCAUUGAGGUAUUUAAAUGGCUUGGAUGGUCCAAUUCUAUGUUAAAUCCAUUAGUGUAUGCUUUCUUCUACAGGUGGUUCAGACAUGCUUUUAAAAUGAUAUUUACCGGUAAGAUAUUUCAAGGAGAUUUUUCAAGCACGAAGCUUUGA